UCGAUGCGUGUGCGCGCGCGCAAGGGUAUAAACGUAUUAAUAAGUGAUAACAGUAUCAUUGGCGUGCGUGUUCAGUACAUAUGCUAAUCAUGACUGGUGUAAGUUGUGCUUUUCUCUUUGUGCUAAUACAAGUAUUAGGAUCUAGUGCACAAAAUUUGAUAGUGAACACUACCCAAGGUGCAGUCAAAGGAUUUCUAAAUGAAAAUGGAGAUUAUUAUGCUUUCUACGGUUUGAGAUAUGGCGAAACCACUGCAAAGGAAAAUAGAUUUUUGGCCCCUAAACCUGCACCUCCGUAUCCUGGCUUAUAUGAUGCAAUUCACAAAGUCGACUGUUUACAACCAUCUAUCAAUGGACCAGAUGUAGGUAUCGAAGAUUGUUUAGCACUGGAUGUCUUCACAAAAAAUGAAACCGCUGGUAAACCUGUUUUAGUUUGGCUUGAAGGCGAAGGAUAUUUGUCAUCCAGAAUGACAUACUCCUUCAGGCAAUUGGUCAUGGAAGAUACCGUUGUAGUAUCAUUAAACUACCGCGUAUCCAUUUUCGGAUUUUUAUGUCUCGGUGUACCGGGAGCACCUGGAAAUGCUGGCCUUAAAGACGUCGUAUUAGGACUCCAGUGGAUUAAGGAAAAUAUAGCCAAUUUCGGAGGAGAUCCAAAUAACGUUGUACUUCUCGGACACGGCUCUGGAGCUGCAAUAGCAGAUUUGCUAACUUUAUCACCACUGUCACAAGGAUUAAUACAUAAAGUAAUUGCUCUUAGUGGAUCAGCAUUGGCACCCUGGGCUAUAUCUUACGACCCAAUCGGUUCUGCCGAAAUUGUAGCAGCGAAACUUGCUUACUCUGGAAAACCACUAACGGAUUUGGCAGAGUUAUUGAAAACCGUUCAAUUGGACGUACUAUUACAUACGCUUAACGUUGAAUUCACAAACAAUACUGUUCUAUUUGCCCCUUGUGUAGAGGAUUCCACACUAAAUAGCACUUUUUUGCACGAUGCCCCUGUAAACAUACUGAAGUCUGGUAAUUACAGCCAUGUCCCUUAUUUGGCUGCUUACACUGACAGAGAGGGAACGAUAAGAGCGAACGUAUUAAAUGAUUGGCGUCCCAAAAUGGAAGCGAACCUAAGUCAGUUUAUUCAAGCUGAUUUAGAAUUUGGCUCAGAAGAGAAUAGGACGAACGCGGUGGAUUCUAUACGUAAAUUCUAUUUUCGAAACACCACAAGCAUUGAUGUUGAAGAUUACCUAGACUUUCACGGAGACACCGCAGUUCGUAUAUCCGUCAUAAAAGGUGUACAGGCAAGAGCUGCGACCUCGAAGGCUGAGGUUCGUUUAUUAGAAUUCGCUUACAGAGGUUCAACAAAUGAAAACUGGCCUUAUCCAGCUGUACCAUUAAAUGGUGUGAAGCACGGAGGCAUCCUGGAAUAUUUGUUUGAUAUCAAUAUGAGUGAAGAGGGAGCGAAAGCGAUGGCCUCGCUUGUCAAACACUUUGUAACGUUUGCACGAACAGGAACACCCAGCUCCAACGCAUUCCCUGGACAACAAUGGCUACCACUCAAGAAUGAAGACUUGAACUACUACUAUUUCGGUGGAGCCUACAAUCAGCCGCACAUAGAAGAAUUGAAAAAGAACCCCCAUACUCAGAGAAUGGAGUUCUGGAAUGAUCUAUAUGACCGUUACUAUAAGGCUCCGAGUCGCGUGUCCUCUGCGCCCAAGUUCGCCGCUGGAGUUACAUUGCUGUUUUGUAUAGCCAUUCUUGCCAUUUUUUAACUUUUCUAUACUCAUUUUUUUUUGUAUUUAAAUAUGCUGUUGUUACUUAAUAAUGAUAGAUGUUUAUUAUAUUAUUAUACGAUAAGUAUUAUAAUACAUAUUAAUCUAAUUAGAUUAAUGACAAAGUAUUAUUUAGAGACUUAAGAUAGUAAAACUACAACAUACGUAUUUCUACACACGUUAUAUAUCGCUGUACAUAUUUUUAUGAAAUUUAAUGUGGCGACAACUCAGGGCUAACAUGUAGGGUACAUUUUAUCUUAUAGUUUACAUCCAAACACAUAGAUAUAAUGUAAAAAUUAUGAUAUUUACACAAUGAAAUUCAUUUUAGUUUAAUUAAUUUAAUUCCAUCAAUUAAUUAUUCGUAAAACGAAAGCAAUUCCAUAAGAUUUUUUAAUAAAAUCAUGCAAACAAUAUGACAAUGUGUAACUUCUGUCGAAAAAGCUUUGACACCAGUAUAUAAAUUACUGUAACAAUUACAAUGUAAAUCACUACAGUAGUUUCACAUGACGUAUUAAAAUAAGUUUCAUAAAAUAAAUUUUAUCAUACAUACAACUAAUUUUGUACUUUUAUAACUUUAAAAGGAAGACGUAACACAAAAAUGUAUAGCUAGUUAAAACAACAUUUUAUUAUAAUGAGCCAAAUUAAGUUUAACAUCCUAAAGAGACUUUUAAGUUAAUAGAUUAAUCCUACUAUACGAGUAUAGUAAAUAACUCUUUAUUGUACAUAAAAAAGGUAAUAUCAGAAUAACAAUUAAACAUAAUAGUGCACAAGAGCGAGUUUAUCUCUAAAAGAGAUUUCUUCCAGCAAACCCAAUAUGAGGUAAACUGACAGUUUAUACGUAGUUACAGGCAUAGAUGUGUACAAUACUCCUUUGUAUUAACUAUUCAAAUCGAUUUUGAAAUAUUAAUAACAUUUUUAAUAAUCUGCAAAUCUCGUUCAAGUCAUGCAAUACCACUACCAACUAUAUUCAUAAUUAUUAGGUAGCGCCGGCCCCUAGCCCUUGACCAGUUUAAAGCGAAUUUUUUUUUAUAUAACUUAGAAUGGCAAACAAGCUGACGGCCCACCUAAUGCAAAGUGGAAACCGUCGUCCAUAGACAUGAGCAGUACCAUGGACAUAACAGAGUAUACUGUUUCGCCCAUGAUACCCCCCAUGCGUUGCUAUUCCUGAGGACUCAGAUGUUAUUCCUCUGCGCCCUGUAAAUUCACGCCAUAUCCCACCUUUCAAACCGAAACACAGCCAUGCAAACACAACUGCUUUACGGUUGAAACACGAAUGGGACAGAGGUACCCAAGCAAACUACUUUUGUACAAAGUCUCCCUCUGGUGUCUUUGUCUUUUGCUCUAAACUUUAGUCAUGUCACAUGAAUUUCUACUUCGAGAUAUAGGAGAAUUAUAGAGGAAAGACUUGAUUGUUAGUUUGGUUUCUAAUGGACAUUUAUUUUUUAUUUCAAAUACCAACACUGCCCCAGAGCCUCUAAAAUGGUGUCAAAUUAAAUUUUGCGCCUAUAAUUGUUUUUCGCAUUUAGCUUUUUGGCGCUCACUAUCACGUGGCGUCUAGAGCAACUGCUUCGCUCUACCACAGGGCGGGCUCUUCAAUAAAGAGACUGACAAAUUAAGGAAUCGAGUGAAUGAGAGCAUUAUUUAUGUAAUCCCAUUUUUAAAAGCAACCAAAGUACGUUUUGUAUUAUGUAAUUAAAUUAAACCAAAUAAAAUCUAGUUUAAUGUAAUUAAAUUAAAUAUCACGUUAUUAAACUGAAUAUGGAUUAAUUAAAUUUAAUUAUUACAAAUUAUAAUGAGGUCGAUUAAUUACACCUAUCUUUUAAUCUAAUAUUUUAAUUUGAUAGUUUCACGAAAUGACUGUUUUAUAGAUCACUAUAAACUAAAUUUACGAGUAUAACAAUUUUGACUUAAAUAUAUUAGUAAAUUUAGUUUAUAUUGGUACUUAGAAUAAGAAUUUGCUAAUGUAUUAUAUAAUAUGAAAUUGAAAUUUUUAUUUUAGAGGUAUGUUUAAAGAAAUUACUCCUUUUAAUUGAAACCAAUCCAGUAUAUUACAAUGCAAUAUUGCAAUUAUAAUAAAUAACAACAAUAAGCUAAAGCAUUAUUAAUUAUGUAUUAUUAUGUUAUAUUACGUGGUAUGUUGUUGUUUUUAAUAAUUAAUUAUUACCGUUUAUUAUUAUUAUUUUUAUAUUAAAUAUUUGGAAUUUGAUAAAGAAAUUAUUAUCAUUUAUACUUUAUUGUACACAAAAAAUUACAAACAUACUAGUAUAAUUUAUAUUAAAUGAAGAUGUACAACAGGCGAGCUUAACUCUGUAAGAGUUCUCUUCCAGCAAACCCUGAGCAGUUCUAUCUAUACUAAUAUUAUAAAGCUGAAAAGUUUGUUUGUUUGUUUGAAUGCGCUAAUCUCAGGAACAACUAGUUCGAAUUAAAAUAUUUUUCUCAUGUUGGAUAGUCCAUUUAUCGAGGACGACUUUAGGCUAUAUAACAUCACGCUGCGACCAAUAGGAGCGAAGUAUCAGGUGAAAAACGUUGCAAAAACGGGGGAAAUUAUUAAUUCUUGAGGGCUUCCGUUGCGUGCGCUGCGAAAAUGGUUCAAGAUACGAAAAUUAUAUGUAUGAAAGAAUUAUUCCUCUUAAAAUGAUCUAAAAAAAAGUCCGCGACAGUAUAUGUCUAUCUUUUAACAUUGACUUACUGUAACAUUUUUUAUGGUAAUCAAAUUUGGUCGAAAUUAAUGCAUUAUUGCCAAUUAUUUGCCAAAGAGUUUUAUCAACAUAAUAUUAAUCCUUAUUAUAAUAAUAGAAAUUGACGCGGACGAAGUCGCAGGCAACAGCUAGUUAUUUAUAUAGUAAAGAAUUUUAAAAACAAAAGAGUUUUAUGUAUGAACGAUCUUAAUUUUGGACUGAAUUUACACAUAAAGGUUGUUAGACUUUGUCAUGGUGGAAGCUAGUGUUAUUUAAGUCAUGCAAUCCCCAUACAACUAUUCCCAUCUAUAUAUUACACAAUUUUCCGUAAGUAAAAAUAGUUCUUAUACUUCAAAUAGUAAGUCCAAACUUGUGUGACACAUGCUCCAAAAUGAUAUGUCAGUACUGUCGACGAAUUUAUACCCUGCUUAGCAUAAAAUAAGAUGCCCUUUCCCGUAACUCCUCUGAAUUGAGAUUCUGACAGACGUCAUAGGCUCCUAAGGGACAAAUUUAUAUGCGUAAAUCCUCGUGAAAAUACCAUCCCGAUCUCUCGAUCUCCAGUUCUGUCUGGGCGUUUUCUACCUUAUUACAUAAUGAUAAGGUGUAAAGUGAAAUAUGAGAUAUUUUAGAUGUGAGAGUAAAUCCGGUAUCGCAUCCAAAGUAAUAGCAUUGAUAUUGAAGGUUCAAGCGCCUAAAAAUAAUUUAGUGAUUUAAUUUUGCCAUCGAAUUGUCAAUUAGGAAUGCAUUUUACAAUAACUUCAUCAUCAUCAUCAUUUCACCCAUUAUCCAUCCACUGUUGGACAUAGGCCUCCCCAUAGAUAGCUAUAAGAAACGGCCCUAGACCACCUGUAUCCACUGACUCCCUGCAAUACAUUUGAAGUCAUUAUCUAGUGGGAAAUUGUCCUACACUGUUUGCCCGUAUGGGGUCGCCAUUUUAGAAGCUUACUUCCCCAUCGGUUAUCGGUUCUUCGUGCUACGUGACCAGCCCAUUGCCACUUCAGCUUGCUUAUCCUUCGACCUAUGUCGGUUAUUUUGGUCCUUCUACGGAUAUCCUCUUUUCGGAUUCUAUCAAAGCAACUCCGAGCAUAGCAAUUACAGAAUAACUUACCCAAUAAAUAUUCUCUGGUAUAGGUAUUCCAACAAUGAUAUGUCACUUACCUGAAAAACAAAAAGUAAUACAUAAACAAAAAAUUUUUUGUUUCUUAAUUCUUAUAACUAGAUAAAACAGUAUUUUUUAUUUUAUUUUAUUUAUUUAAGGCAAAGAAACAGCUAAAAUAAUACAUAAUUAUAUAGUUAAAUAGUAAUUUGGUAGCCACUAGAAUUUGCACAAAAUAAAAUACAAGUAAACAACACACAAAAUUAGACAAUACUAAAUUAAACAAAAUUAAACAAACUAUUAAAAACAACAGCAACAUUGUCAAUAAUAAUGCUCAGAAGCUAAUAAAACAUUUUUUCAGAAAAACAUUAAAUAGAAAUUAACCCUUAAAUAGCCGAAGUUUCGAAUUUGAUACAGGGAUUUGCAUUGUUUUAUUGUUAAAUAAAUUUUAAUAUUUUGAUUACCGUAAUGCCUAAAGUAUCAAAAAUAAUACCAAAUGUUUUUUUUCAAAAUAAAUAUAUAAAAAUAUC